AUGUCUACUGUGGGCCCCUCACUUCCUACUGCAAAGGCAAUUCACGUCGAUACCCGGGGGGCACUUAUACUGGACGAAGAGUCACCUGAGACUCGCGACAGCCGGGGGAUCUACCUGCCCAAUUACAUCGAGCCAGUGUCUCAUGUCGCUGUAGACAUUGGAGGCUCGUUAGCCAAAGUCGUCUACUUCACUCGCUCGCCAGAGCCGCCAAAGUCGCCAUCAAUAGCAGCGACAAGGGGAUCUUCAAGCGAUGUAUCGUCGUUAUCAUCGUCAUCGUCGUCACCAGGCGAGACCCCUGUCUCUUCAUCGCCGUUGUCUGGGAAGCACAACGGACACAACGGCAAAAUCAAUGGUGCGCUGACACCCGCGGUGCUCGAAAAUGGGAACGCAACAAUCUCAGCCGCCGAACAGCCCUCACUCAACCACAGCUUCUUGCGCGACUCGCUCCUGCGGCGUGUCUCCGUGCAGCAUUUCCCCGGCGGGCAGCUCAACUUUGAGCGCUUCGAGACAGAGCACAUUGACAACUGCAUCGAGUUCAUCGAGGGGCUCAUCGAGCACAGCGCAACGCUGAACGGCGUCUCCAUUGAUGAGAUGCGCCGUAGCGUGAAGAUCAUGGCGACGGGCGGCGGUGCGCACAGGUUCUAUGAGAUGUUCGGGAAGGAGCUGCAUGUCGAGGUGCGGAGGGAGGACGAGAUGGAGUGUUUGAUCGAAGGGCUAAAGUUCAUCACGCUCAUCCCAGACGAGGUGUACUACUUCUCGGAUGAGCUGAUCGACGCGAUAUCGCAUCCGCCGCCGGCGGGCGUCCCGCUGGAACGCCCCAGCCCGGAUCCGCCCAAGUAUGCUGUCUCUUUCGUGGAACACCCGACGCCUCAAUUGCCAUGUCUACUGGUGAACAUUGGAUCUGGUGUAUCCAUCAUCAAGGUGAAUGAAGAUGGGACAUAUGAGCGUGUUAGCGGGACGAGUCUGGGGGGAGGGACGCUCUGGGGUCUACUCAGCUUGUUGACACCCGCUACGACUUUUGAUGAAAUCCUCGAGCUUUCAGAGAAGGGCGACAACUCAAAGGUGGAUAUGCUCGUUGGCGAUAUCUACGGCUCCGACUACAGCAAGCUCGGACUCAAGUCAACAAUGAUUGCAAGUUCGUUCGGCAAGGUGUUCAAGAGAGAUGGCCAGAAGGGCACAUUCACACCAGAGGACAUCAGCAAAAGUCUACUGUAUGCGGUGUCAAAUAACAUUGGACAGAUAGCGUACAUGAACGCGGAGAAGUACAAUCUGGACCGUAUCUACUUUGGAGGAUUCUAUAUCCGGGGGCAUGCCGCGACCAUCAGCACGCUCUCAUAUGCGAUUAGGUUUUGGAGUAAGGGCACGAAGCGCGCGCUAUUUCUGCGACACGAGGGCUUCCUGUGA